AUGUCGACCAACUCUCCCGAUAUGUCCGUCCAAGGACUCAACACCCUCGCGGCCACGGCAGUCCAUCUUCUCCAGCAGUUAGAAUCAGUCUUGCUCCAAAUCUAUGACAACAGGGACCCCUCGAAUGAGGCAGAAGAUGCCUCUGCCUCUGCCUCUGCUUCUUCGACAUCCACCUCCGACCCCUCCUCCGUAGACGCUCUUUCGCUCGCCGGCGACUCAGCCACUCUCAUCAGGGCACAUGCCACAAGAAUAUCCGUCCUCAUCAUCAACAAUCCGUUCACCCCUUCAGCUAUCAUCAAGGUCCUUCGGGAGCUCGUAGGGAGCGCUGUUCCCGGCCUUGCCGCAGCGGCCCAAUCUUGCACGUCCGACAGGUACACCCUGACAGUGCGACGGGACCUCGCCUGGAAGACGUACACGGCUCUCAAAGAGCUGCGCGGGCUGAUCGAGCGGAUCCCCGCCGACGGCAAGAUUCUGUCCGAUGAUCUGCAGCAGCAUGGCUCCGCCGCCGCCGGCACCAGCAAGGGGAGCAUCCUGGCGACGGGAACCCUCUGGGCCGCUUGCGAUGAAGUGGUCCGCUUUUCCAAGGCUGGCGUCGGUGGUUGUUUCGUGAACAAAGUCGAAGAAUUUCGGGAUACGUUGGAGGAUGUCAUGGAAGAGUUGAAGGAAUGGGGAGAAGAGACUCCGGAUGACGACGAGGACGACGAGGACGACGACGACGACGACGAUGACGAUGAUGAUGACAUAGCCGACGAUACGGACCGCGACUCGGGUGUGGGGUCGAUGAUGCCCUCUGCCCAGGAUAUGGUCGACGAGAUCAUGGCGUCGACGCAAGUCAUUCCCCGCGAUGACCCGGACCGGAUUCGGGAUCGGCUCGAGUCGUGUCUGAAGAAGAUCCGGCUCACCACCCUCCUCUACCAAGGUAUCAUUAAAAGGAGGUUGAAGGCGCUCCCUUCGUUGCCCAAAGAGGGAUCAUCGCAAGUGACGGAUCGUCUGGAUAAGAUGGUCGAGUCGGUCAAGUCACUUUCAUGUCAGUUUGACGAACUGGCGGGCACCUUCUAUGAACUCGACGUAGAUGAGAUCGAUCGAAUGUCCGGCCAGUGCUUCUCGGAUGUAUGUACCCUGUCGAGGCUGGUUCAGAAGCCGUGGGAUAAGGACAGCGAUGAAUUCACCGAGUGGGCGGAGAAGUUCCGGACGCAGAUGAACAAGGCCAAGGCACCGAGUUAG